UUUGACGAAACCAAACCCGAAUUCUCCAUCGCUUUGUCCUUCCUGUCUUCUUCAUAAAACGGCUCCCUUCCUCUGCUUGUUCUGUGCUAAGCUUUCUUGAAAUAGUUCUGGAAUUGAUGGAAGUCAAUAACCUCGGGUUAGUCAUAGCUUGCGUUGUUUUGUCAUGGAUCUUAGUCCACAGAUGGAACCAGAGGAACAAGAUAGGCCCGAAAACCUGGCCACUCGUCGGGGCGAUGAUAGAACAACUCGUGAACUAUGAGCGGAUGCAUGACUGGCUAGUUGAGUACCUCUCCAAGUCGAGGAUCGUUGUAGUCCCCAUGCCGUUCAUGACUUACACUUAUAUCGCGGAUCCUGCCAAUGUGGAGCAUGUUCUCAAGACCAAUUUUGCCAAUUAUCCAAAGGGAAAAGUAUACCAUUCGUACAUGGAAGUGUUGCUCGGUGAUGGGAUUUUCAAUGUUGAUGGCGAGACAUGGAGGAAGCAGAGGAAGACUGCAAGCUUCGAAUUCGCCUCCAAGAACUUGAGGGAUUUCAGCACUUUUGUCUUCAGAGACUACAGCCUCAAGCUCUCUUCAAUUCUUUCUCAAGCUUCCUUCCUAAAUAAACAAGUCGACAUGCAGGAACUGUUCAUGAGGAUGACGCUGGACUCGAUAUGCAAGGUUGGGUUCGGGGUCGAAGUCGGGACCCUUGCCCCGAAUCUACCGGAGAACCAUUUUGCACGGGCAUUUGAUGCAGCAAACAUAAUCGUAACCCUGCGUUUCAUUGACCCUAUGUGGAGGCUGAAGAGGUUCCUCAAUGUGGGCUCGGAGGCAGUGCUGGAAAAGAGCAUCAAGAUCAUUGAUGACUUCACUUACUCAGUUAUUCGGAAAAGGAAGGCGGAAAUAGCUGAAGCUCGCAAGUGUCACAAGGAUGACAAGAUUAAGCAUGACUUGCUCACUAGAUUCAUUGAACUAGGCAACGUUGACGGCCCAGAGAGCAAACUAACUGACAAGAGCCUCAGGGACAUGGUCCUUAACUUCGUGAUUGCCGGGCGGGACACGACUGCUACUACCCUCUCAUGGGCCGUUUACAUGGUAAUGUCCCACCCUGAGGUGGCCCAGAAGCUCUAUUCAGAGCUCAGGAGAUUUGAGGAAGACCGAGCGAAUGAAGAGAAGGUGUCGCUGCUCCCUUGCGAACUGGAUGACCAAGAAUCGUUCAGCCGGAGGUUAGAUCAGUUCGCGGGGCUGCUGAAUUACGACUCGCUGGGGAGGCUGUAUUACUUGCACGCCGUGCUAACAGAAACUUUGCGCUUGUACCCUGCUGUCCCUCAGGAUCCAAAAGGUGUGUUGGAGGAUGAUGUAUUGCCCGAUGGAACUAGAGUGAAAGCAGGAGGGAUGGUGACCUAUGUUCCCUAUUCCAUGGGCCGGAUGGAAUACAACUGGGGCCCCGACGCAUCUUCCUUCAAGCCGGAGAGAUGGCUCAAGGAUGGUGUCUUCCAAAAUGCUUCUCCAUUCAAGUUUACCGCAUUUCAGGCCGGGCCGAGGAUCUGCCUAGGAAAGGACUCAGCUUAUCUCCAGAUGAAGAUGGCCUUGGCAAUUCUCUGCAGGUUUUUCGAGUUCAAGCUGGUGCAAAACCACCCAGUGGAAUACCGGAUGAUGACACUCCUGUCAAUGGCUCAUGGCUUAGAGGUCAUGGUACGGCGACGCUGCUGAUCAUUGUUGCCGUGAAAGGGUUAUAGGGGAGAAGAGUGCUACCGCAUUGAUCAAGUGUAGAAGUUGUUUCUGUUGUUACUAUCAUCAACUUAAAAGUUUUCUCCAACAGUAUUUUCGUAUCAUGAAUGGUGAUGGCGUCAAAAGGCUCUUCCUCUGAA